GACAUUUGGUAGUGUCUGUGAUUUGUGAAUUGUAUUUUUUUUAUUUUAGUUGUAUAAAAUAUUAUUAUCAAUAUUUUGGAUGCAUAUGUAUGCAAUAAUGCAAGAUAAAUACAAAAUAGCGUAAACUUAGAAUAAGUACCUAUUAUAGAGUGAAAAUAAUCUAUUAGAAGUACUUUCCUUGGGCUUGAAGUUGUAUCCAGGCUAUCCUUAUAACCAGGAGUUAACCAAUGAAAAAAGAACUAAGUUAACCCAAACCCACUGACGUAGUGUUAAAUUAUUAGAUCAUCGAGUUAUAGUUCUAUAUAGAAUAUAUAUAGAAUCACAUCUACAACAGAAAUCAGAAUAUGGAAAUCAAUAAUCCUCAAAGUUAUUGGUUUGUCGUAAGAGAAGACCAAAGCAAUGUAAUAUUUAGCAGUAACAAUUUUACCAUACAAACACCGCAGAUUGCAGGCCAAGACUCCAGAUAUAUCAUAGACAGCUCUGCAGACAACAGACAAUAUGUUGAUAAUGUCCAAACAGAUAAUAUACAAGAAACCCAACAGGACUCUGCAAAAGAAACCAAAGACAGUAACAUUUGGGAUAGAAAUAAAAUAAAAUUACUAUUGUCUCUAUGUCUGGAAACCAGAUUCAAAAGUUCAAAUAGAGAAAAAAUCCUGUGGAAUGAAAUAUCCAUACUUUUAGGGACAACACCAGAAGAGUGUGACAAAAAGUAUAGAAACCUCCGUAGAACAUACAUAAGACUGCUGAAGAAGAAUCGAGCUGGUAAAGAUAUAAAAUGGGUGCACUAUAGCUUGUGCGAUGAAGUCUUUAAAGAUUGUAAAUCAAUGUCUGUGACCCUUCUUCCACCUUGGGAGGACAGCAAAGUUAGGAAACUACUAAACUUAUAUAUCGAAAACAUAAGUAAGUUUCGGAGUACAGAUCAUCUACAAAAGGACAUAUGGAAGGACAUUGCUUCACAGCUAAACACAACAGAGUACAAUUGUUACCAUAAGUUCAAGAAUAUGAAGAGAACUUACUUCAACUGGAUCGAAAGGAGCCAAGAGACAGGUAAGUUGAGAAAGUGGCCGUACCAUCAAUACUUUGAAAAAAUCUACUACAACUAUAACCCAGAUUUAGGACCUUGGAAUAGGAAUAAAGUCAGACAACUGAUAAAUGCAUAUUCAGACAUUGCACAUAAGUUUAAAAAUCCAAAAUUACAAAAAAAGGAACUAUGGAGGGAGAUUGGUAGAAAAGUUGGUGAAUCACCUAGUAAUUGUGAUAGGAAAUUUAGGAAUCUAAAACAGACUUACUUAAGAUUGAAAAUGAGAGCUGACUCUGGGAGGUUGGUGACUAAAUGGAGAUACUAUAAAGACUUUGUCACAAUAUUUGAGAAUGACUCGUAUGCUGUCAUAGAACAGGGACAGGAGAUGGUGUGCAAACCUUUGGAACACAAUUAUAUUAAGCAACUAUUGACAUUCUAUUUAGAGAAUAAGCAAAAAUUCAAUGAUCCACUUGUGAAGAAGAAACAUUUGUGGAGGCUAAUCGGUCCACGACUCGGACUGACUGCAGAAGAAUGUGACAAGAAGUUCCGUAACAUGAAACAAACUUAUAUAAGAUUAGCUGAGAAGAUGAGGGACACAGGGAAAGAUAACACCUGGCCAUAUUACUCAUACUUUGAACAAAUCUACAAUGGGUCUAUAAAUUCUAGAUAUAGAGAGUGCAAUCACAAAUGCUCCAUUGACAAUACAACUAUAAAGGAAUUAAAAAAUCUUGUUAACAACCAUGAGACAAAGGAAAUGGAUAAGUUUGAGAAACUUGUCUCAGUCAUAGAAGAUUCAAAUAAAAUUCAAAGGGAAAGAAAUAGAAUUCUACAAGCUCUUUUGAAUAGAUAGGAUUUCUGCAGAGAAUAUGCUAUUGUCCUUAAUGUUUGACUACUUUUCAUAAGUAAGCUCGACAUCUAUAUUUAAUUAAGUAAAAACAAAGUUAUUUAA